AGGGACGAAAGAGGACGAGAUCUCUAAGAAAGAGACAUCCAUAUGAAUUCAUUUAUGUCGCUCGUUCGUACUGCGACGAUCGCUCUUCUUCUAAUCGCGUUUCUGCAAAACGCUAACGCUGUGAAAAAUCUGCAAAGUAUUGUUGCGUAUCACGGUGCGGUUGCGACAGACGAUGGACGGUGUUCUGCAAUAGGGACGAAUGUUCUUCGUCAAGGAGGAAACGCGAUUGAUGCGUCGGUGGCUGCUGCUCUUUGUUUGGGCGUUGUCAGUCCCGCAUCUAGCGGUAUAGGCGGUGGAGCGUUUACAAUGAUUAAGCUAGCUAAUGGCACGGAAGUUGCUUAUGAUUCCAGAGAAACCGCUCCUCUAAGCGCCACUGAGGAUAUGUAUGGUGAUAAUCCUGAGCGAAAGAAGAAAGGAUCCUUGUCAGUAGGCGUUCCCGGGGAAGUCGCGGGUCUAUACACGGCUUGGACACAACACGGGAAGUUACCGUGGAAGCAGUUAGUAGAACCUGCUGAGAAACUUGCAGCUGAAGGAUUCAAGAUUUCAAAAUAUCUCUAUAUGCAGAUGAAUGCGACUAGAAGCGAUAUCUUAGCGGACAAAGGUCUCUCUGAGCUAUUUGUUUCAAAUGGAGAGCUCAAGAAACCAGGGGCGAUUUGCCGUAACCCGAAAUUGGCUGAUACACUAAGCCAAAUCGCUGAAUACGGUCCAAAAGCGUUUUACAAUGGCACGGUUGGGUUUAACCUAGUGAGUGAUAUACAAAAAGCCGGAGGGAUAAUAACUUUGAAAGAUUUGCAGAAUUACAACGUUAAGGUUAAAGAACCAUUAUCUACGGAGAUUCUUGGAUACCGAUUACUCGGCAUGCCUCCUCCUUCAUCUGGUGGCCCUGCAAUGAUGCUUAUUUUGAACAUUCUUGCUCAAUAUGGUAUUCCAUCGGGUGUUUCCGGCCCCCUCGGUGUUCAUCGACUAGUUGAGGCUCUCAAACAUGCAUUCGCAGUUAGAAUGAACCUCGGGGAUCCAGAUUUUGUCCCUGAAGUUACUAAUGUUGUUGCAGAUAUGUUAUCUCCAAAGUUUGCACAAGACUUGAAGAGCAAGAUAAACGAUGAGAAGACCUUUGAUCCAAAAUAUUACGGUGGCAAAUGGGGUCAGAUCAAGGAUCAUGGGACGAGCCAUUUAUCGAUAAUAGAUUCUGAGAGAAAUGCUGUUUCAAUGACUAGUACAAUCAACGGAUACUUUGGGGCAAUAAUGCUGUCUCCGAGCACCGGAAUCGUUCUAAACAACGAAAUGGACGAUUUCUCGAUCCCGACGAAAUCCGGAGGUGACCCAGAUGUGCCCCCACCAGCACCGGCUAACUUCAUCCGACCGGGGAAACGACCUUUGUCCUCUAUGACUCCCACCAUUGUACUCAAGGACGGUAAAGUGAAAGCAGCAUUGGGUGCGAGUGGAGGAAUGUACAUCAUCGCCGGUACAACACAAGUUUACUUAAAUCAUUUCUUCCUCAACAUGGAUCCUCUCUCUUCCGUUGUUGCUCCAAGAAUCUACCACCAGCUGAUACCGAACAAAGCUUCGUAUGAGAAUUGGACGACAGUGUAUAGUGACCAUUUCGAGAUUCCUGAAGAGAUAAGACUUGUGUUGGAGAAGAAAGGUCAAGUCCUAACGCCGAUCGCCGGAGGGACGAUUUCUCAGCUCAUAGUUGAACAAUCCGAUGGAAAAUCCGGUGGAAUUAGUAAGCUUGUGGCGGUUAGUGAUCCAAGGAAAGGAGGGUUCCCUUCAGGAUAUUGAAAUUUGGAUUUGACUUUGUUUUCAAUUAUAUAUCAUCGAACUUGUGAUGUACUAGUAUGAACCUUUAUAUUCGAUGAAUAUAAUAUGAAAGUAAUAAAGUUUGUUUGCGAU